CUGCCGUGCGGAGACGUGAGAACGGAGACUGAUUCUUUGGGAUCUUUCGGAUUUAAUCUGCUUCAAGCUAUUCUGUCUGCCACGUGCCUCACAUGCUCGAACACACUCACACACCCGUCUGUGUUUGGUGUGUGUGGGGGGGUGCGCGCGUGCGCUGCCAAGAUUCGGAGCCUCUAACAAUGGAACCUGUUGGAUUAGAUGUGGAAUGCUGAAGGACUCCAGUCGAGCAAAAGGGAAGUGUGGAAUAUUUGGGAAUGUUGAACUUCCAAAGUUCUGAAUUUUCUCUUUUCCAGUGAUGGUUCUGGCAUCAGCCUGACUUUCCUUCCAUUUUAAAUCUUUACAUUUUCUGUUUUUUCCAUUUUCUUUCCCACUUUUCACGGACUACACAACUGCAGACUAAAAUGAUCUUUAACUGACACUUCAACAAGAUCCUGGUGGAGGUUGUUUGUGUGUGAGAGAUGUGGACAGCGACCUUGCCUACAGAGUGUGUGCGGGUGGGUGUUGCCGGGUGGGCCUUUCACAAUGCCGUGGGGGUCGACUGCAGCACACCUGAGCCUCGCUGCGUCUGGGUCGCUGUGUUACAGGGCGAUACGCCCCUCCGAACACACACACCCGUGAGCACACAGGAAUCAACCAGCAAAGAUCUGCAGUCAUCCACUCAUGACAACAGGGCAAAGGGGCGAAGGGAUGAGAUCUUGUUGUCCAAUGAGAACCCUCGACCAGUGGUGGGGGGCGGGGCUGAGGGGAGAGGCAUGUCCUGGCAGGGUCCGCGGACGCUGGUGCUCCGGAAGAACUCUCAGGGCUUCGGCUUCACUCUUCGCCACUUCAUCGUGUACCCGCCCGAGUCUGCGCUGCACACCAGCCUCAAGGAUCAGGAGAAUGGAAAUGAGAAAGGACUCCAGCAACAUAGUCUGGAGCCGAUGGACACCAUAUUUGUGAAGAAUGUGAGGGAAAGAGGCCCCGCCCACCAGGCCGGCCUGAGCACAGGUGACAGGCUGGUGAAGGUGAAUGGUGAGAGUGUUCUGGGGAAGACGUAUUCUCAGGUCAUCGCUCUCAUUCAGAACAGUGAGAGUGUUUUGGAACUCUCCAUAAUGCCAAAGGAUGAGGAUGUGCUGCAGCUGGCAUACUCCCAUGAUGCCUACUUAAGAGGUAACGAUCCCUUCACAGGAGGGGCCCAGGACCUUCCUCCCCCACCACCUCUGUGUUACCCCCCACGGGAGCCAAGCCACGCCCCCUGCCCCACCCCCUCCCACACCCACAUGGGGCAGAACCAACUGGACAACUGGAGCCGCUGGCCCGGUUCCUCUCCUAGCCCCGCCCCUCCUCCUCUCGACAACCGGACAGGGGCGCAUGCCGCUAGCACCGUUUGGGCUCCGGAGGGGCGUGUCUGCGAACUAGGAGGCGUCAGCCACAACACGCCGGCCCACCGCACCGAGGAGGUCCGGUACAGGACAAGCGAGCUGCCGGCCGUCCAGACGAGGGGGCGGUCGUACUCCUCCGCCUCUAACGCCAGUCCUGUGCACCACGCCCGCUACGUCAACCACAGCGUUGCCCCAGGCAACGUGGGGGGCCGCACGCCCGUGGCCCCGCCCACACGCAGUCAGCUAACCCAAAAGGCCCUGAGUGAUUGGUACUACAGCCAGAGGCCGGCCUCCCGAUCGCUUCACCCACGUCUCCGCAGCUACUCCCAGGAUCGUCUCGGGGAGCCAGGCCGAGCCCGGCGGUACCAACCGACUGCGUUCCCGCACAGCGCCUCCCAGGACACCCUGCUGCACCUGCAGGCUCCCGGUGGGAGCCCCGCCCACACACAGCGGUACGGCCGGGUGCGUGCGGGACGCUCGUUGGAGGCGCUGGACCAGGCAGCGGGACCUGUCUCCCCAAAGCAGGAGCGGCCCCCACUCCGCAGCCACGCCCCCGAGCAGGCUUCCCAGGCCACACCCCCGACCCGCCGCCUGCCCUCCUGCCAGAGUGUGGACGAACAGCCCAUUGGCUACCGCAGUUAUAGCCCCGCCUUCAACCGCAAGACCGGGCGCUUCUUGCAGCAGGCCCAGUCCUUCCGCCAGCCCUGCGCCACGCCCAGGACCACCCCCCUGGGGGACCCCGAGCCCACCACAGCUGCUCCGCCUCCUGCCCCGCCUCCUGCCCCAUCUACGCCUGCCAAGGUAGCGGACACGAGCCACCAGCCGACCAAUCACGACAGGGCGGGUGGGGAUGCGGACAUCGGGGUCCGAGCGCAGGCACAGGAGGUUGUGCUGAGACAGAAGCCGCCCACGGGGCGCCGGGGCGGGAACGGCCAACAUCCACACUACGCCCUCGCCCUCGACGCCAGCGACCCCCUGCUGUUCACCCCCGACCCCGCAGGAGCUCCGCCCAAGGCAGGGAGUUCCGUCUCACAGCGCCGCGGCAACGGUAACCUGGCAACAGUUUCUGUGGAGGAUGACUCUCUGGCCUCUAUCCCCUUCAUUGAUGAACCAACCAGUCCGAGCGCCGACCUGCGGGCGUGUCAUGUUCCCGCCUCAUCCGUCGUGUCCAGUGGCGGGCUUAGGUCGGCCCCCGCUGUGGCCACAAGCCCCGCCUCCUCCCCAACCUUCAUGUUUCCACUCAGCCGCCUCUUCUCCCACGACUGCACUAGUGUUAAGUCUAGUCGUCGAUCCUCUUACCUGUUGGCCAUCACCACCGAACGCUCCAAGUCAUGUGACGAAGGUCUCAACACCUUCAGAGACGAUGGCCGGGCCUUCUCGAGAUUACCAAAGAGAGUUCAAAGCUUCUUUGGUGAUGGGUCUCUAGAAAGCCUGGGUCCUGGUGAGGACUGUCCCUCUAAGCGUCACUCAGCGUCUGAGCUGCUCUGCUACAGUGGUGUGGGGAGAGAGGGCUGGCUGCACUACAAACAGGUCCACAGCGGGAAGGGCAAGAAGGUGGGCAGUGCCAUGCGUCCUUGGAGGCGGGUCUUCUCUGUGCUGCGCUCCAAUUCGCUCUACCUCUACAAGGACAAGCGGGAGGCAUUGCUCAAGGGCGCCGCCCUGGGGGGCGGUUCCGAGGAGGAGCAGCCAAUCAGUAUCGGCGGCUGCCUGGUGGAUAUUGCAUACAGCGAGACGAAGCGUAAGAACACGCUGAGGCUGACCACACAGGACUUCAGCGAGUACCUGCUGCAGGCAGAGGACAGAGAGGACAUGCUGGAGUGGACCAGGGCAAUCCGGGAGAUCAGCAAGACACACAGUGAGGAGCUGGGAUUCUCCCCACAAGCUCUCAUCAGCAAAAAACUGAAUGACUACAGAAAACAGAGUCUGGUGGGCAGUAAGCCAGACUCCUCCCCCCUCCUCCCUCGGAUGACCUUCAUGCUCACUAAGGCCGACAGCAGCAGUACGACCCCACGCUCUCCUAAACACGAGGGCAAAGAGGAGAGUAGCCCUCCCAAAUCUCCGUGGGGCAUUAACUUCAUGAAGAAGGUGAAGAGGGCGGGGCCUAAAGCAUUUGGCGUGCGGCUUGAGGACUGUCAGUCAGGCACCAGUAAUAAGUUCAUCCCCCUCAUCGUGGAGAUCUGCUGUAGUCUGGUGGAGGAGCUAGGUCUGGAGUCCACAGGCAUCUACAGGGUUCCAGGGAACAAUGCCGUGGUGUGCAGUCUGCAGGAACAGCUCAACAAGGGCAGUGACAUCAACACGGCGGAGGAGAGGUGGCAGGACCUGAACGUGGUGAGCAGUCUGCUUAAGUCAUUCUUCCGGAAGCUUCCAGAGCCUCUCUUCACUGACGACAAAUACAACGACUUCAUUGAGGCCAAUCGCCUGCCCAACCCCAGUGACCGGCUGAAGACCCUGAAGAAGCUGAUCCAUGAUUUGCCAGUCUAUUACUUCCACACACUGAAGUUUCUGAUUGGUCAUCUGAAGACAGUAGCAGACCACUCUGAGAAGAACAAGAUGGAGCCUCGUAACUUGGCACUGGUGUUCGGUCCCACUCUCGUGCGAACAUCGGAGGACAACAUGACAGACAUGGUCACACACAUGCCCGACCGCUACAAGAUCGUGGAGACUCUCAUCCAGCACUAUACCUGGUUUUUCAGUGAGGAGCACGAGAAGGAUGAUAAGACACCAGUGGACGCCGAGGAUGUCCAGCCUGCCCCCAACAUAGACCACCUCCUCUCCAACAUUGGCCGAGCCUGUCUCCUAGGGGAGGGCUCAGACUCAGCCAACAGUGACUCAGUGAAGUCGAAGGGUUCAGGGGGGUCGAAACGUGACCUCACAGCCAAGGACUUCCUGGCGACGCUGUCCAUUAUGUCAGCCAUGGCACGCAAACGCAGAAAACGACCCAGCGCCCGUUUUCUGGGUUCCAGCACCGAUGACGAGUCUGAGCAAGAGCCAAUCAGAGCUGGCCUCUCAGGGGAGGGUGGUGGGAAGGGAGUGGAGCCUGGGGAGUCUGACAGCGCCCCCUGUGCAGAGGCAGAGGAGGAUGAGGAAGAUGAGGAGGAAGACGAGGAGGAGGCAGAGACGGAGGGAGUGCGCAAAGACGAAACUUGUCCCAAAAUGCCUUGUGGUGAGGAGUCGCAGUCCAUGCUCCUGAGUGAAGAAGAGGACCAGAGGUCAGAGGUGAAAGGUCGUGGCUGGCGAGGGGAGGACGCACGCUCCAUUGUCUCAGGUUACUCCACCCUCUCCACCCUGGGGCGGAGCUUAGAGUCAGAAGGGCGGGGCGAAGACGCAGACGACGAGCAGAGUGAACUGGUGAGCGAGACAGACAACGAGAGCGGCUUCGCUUCGCGGUCCCUUACACAGGAGCGGCCGGCGAAGCACACACCGUCGCCCCCGCGCACACACUACAAACCAUGCGCCCCUGCUGCCGACCCCGCCCCCAGCCGCACUCUGACUCCGCCCACUCCUUCUGCACGCCCCACCCCCGAACAGGAAGCAGCGGGCGAGGGCCCAGCACGCCCCGCCUCCUCCUCCUCCUCCUCCUCCUCCCAGCGCCUACACACACGGCCCUCCUUCAAUUCCCACCGUCUCAUCCAGUGCGACACCUUAGCGCGCCGUCGGCUAAAGACGGUCAAAGCCAAAGCUCCUUCCCUAGACCUUCCAGAACUUUCCGCUUCCGAGGAGGACCCGCAGCCAGGCCUGGCUUCGCCCUCCCUCUCCCAGUCGCCCGGAAGCAGAGUGCCCCCUGCUGCUGGUCGGGAGAAGCCCCCCAGCGCCGAGCCGUGCUCGCUGGCGGAGCAGGUGCGCGCUCGGCUGAUGGGCUCGGCCGAGGAGCUCCGCAGCGCGGGACGCCGGACACCACUCUCGCCCGAGACGCGCAGGAAGAGGCGCGCCUGGAGGAGACACACUGUGGUAGCCUCGCCCACCGAGGCCUGCAGCAAGGCCCCGCCCCUCGCUUCCGCCGGCGACUGCACAAACAACAACAGUAAGGCUCCUGCACUGGCCGCUAGCUGCGUUCUCUGAGCAUCCUUCCUGGAGAACAGCCUCUCCCCCUGCACAUCGGGCUCCGCCUACCACCCGGUUUUGACGAAUGUUUGUGACAGCAGAGUCAACGACAAUAUAAGAGCUGGAGCUUUGGACCUGCUGCGUGCGUGUUUGUGUGUGUGUGUGCGGAUAAACCCAGACGACAGACUCAGUGUCUGACUGUUUGUGUUCAGGCUUGUUUGUGUAUCUUUCCUGCUCCCUGCUGUGCAUGCAGGAGACCCUCUAACGUCUUAUGGGUCUUAUGGGUUGCCAAAGUUUUCUUUACUCUCGCUUUAUCAUUCUUUUCACAAUGUAGCAAAGGGGCGUGGCACAAACAGAUCUGACCACACCCCCUUCUCUCAGCACCAGGUGUGAGUGCUCCAGGGCUUAAUGUGUGCUGCUGCACAGUAGUACCAGAGGAAACAUGCCUACCACCUCAGUCACGAGGGGAGGGCCUGCCAAACCAGACACACACACACAUACACACACAUACACACACACACACAACUAGUGCAGUAUUAGUGAAAGUGUUUUGCUAAAAGGAAGAGUGUUGAAACCAAACACCAUUGACCCUUGACCUCAUGCA